AACAGCCUGAUAGCCAAGUGUACAAAGACCGACAGAAUUAAACGGGGACAUCAAGCGGAGAAAAUGGUUUGGCUAUAUUUGCUGGGAAUAAUAUGGGGCUUAAUUUUAGCAUUUGUAAUGUUUAGCAAGAGAAGGCACAGGUAUUUUAAGCAACUGAAUAUCCCUGGCCCAGAACCUACUUUGUUUUUAGGAAUCAUCCCUUUAAUCAAGAAAAAGGGGAUUGCUAAAACAGAUUUGGAAUUGGUAUCAAAAUACGGAAAAAUUGUCGGCAUUUAUGUUGGACACAAACCUUCUUUAUUGACGAGUGAUGCUGACUUUAUUCACGAAGUUUGUGUAAAAAAGUUCAACUGCUUCAGAAACAGAGCGAGUAUUAUGAACCUAGGCUGUACUCUGCAAUCAGCUGUGGCGUUGGCAAAGGAUGAGAAGUGGGAGAUUCUUCGCAGGAGAUUGGCGCCGUUAUUUUGUCCCGCAAAACUCCAAAAAUCAGGUGUAAUAACCAUCGUAAAUGAGUGUGCAGAAGAAUUGGUAGAUCACGUGAAGGAAUUGACCCUGGCCAAUAAACAUGGCUUCGAUUUUUACGAAGCAUGUGCAUAUUUUUCAAUGGACGUUCUGUGUACCUCCCUAUUUGGACAUCGUGUGACCAGUCAUAAAAAUCCUAAUGAAGAUUUUGUCAGAAAAAUUGUUGAAGCAUUUAAAGCUGGCAAUAAAGAUAUUGUUAAGCCUGUAACACUGUGUGCAAUACUUCCUUGUUUGCGGCUCUGGUUCCAGUGUAGAAAUUACAACCCUAUAUCCAAGGACACCAGGAAGUUUUUCAUUGACCAGAUGACGGCAGAGAUAGAGAAGAGGGAUAACCCAGUUAACAGAUCGAAUGACCUUCUACAAAGUAUGCUGGAAGCCGACAGCAAUUCAAACACCACUAGAGAAAGGAAGGGAAAAAAUCUAGAUCUAAGCAUUUCCGACCUAACGGCUAAUAGCUUAUUCUUCGUCCUGUCCGGAUACGAAACGGUGGCUAAUGCACUAGCACUGACAGUUUUAUGUCUAGCAGUACAUCCUGAAUGCCAGAAGAAAUUGAUAAAUGAAAUCAGAGCAUGUUUAAAAACGCCAAACUCUAAUUGUCACAAAGAGAAGCUGUCAACUUGGGAAGAUGUACAGAAGCUGAAAUAUUUACAACAAUGUGUGAAUGAGAGCCUUCGGUUGUUUCCACCAUUUCUUAGAUUUAAUAGAACCACAAAUACAGAAAUUGUUAUCAAUGGAAUAAGUAUACCGGAGGGAAUGGAUGUCACAGUGUCUACAUAUGCACUGCAUCAUGAUCCCGAUGUCUGGUCAGAACCAGAGAAAUUCGAUCCCGAGAGGUUUUCAGAAGAACGGUUCCCAUUAUCACACCUCAGCCACUUUCUACCGUUUGGACUUGGUCCAAGAGACUGUUUUGGGAAGGAUUUUGCUAUUCUGGAAGUCAAAUUAGCUUUAGUUUCUUUAUUACAGCAGUAUGAAGUUUCCACUCUUCCUGACACCGAGUUUCCACCAGUUUUAGAAAAGGGCAACUUUUCCAAAGCAGAAAAUGGAAUUUGGCUGAAAUUUUCAGAACGUAGGCAAUAAAGGAGAGUAGACCAUAAUUAAUAGGAAUAUUAAAACAUUGACUUGAAUCACAAAACUGUAAAUUCGAGUUAAUGAGACGGAAAAGUUUUAAAUCGAAAAGAUUUUUGUUGGAGAUUAGUUCUCAAAACCAAAGGGCCAACAGAGAAUUUUAAUCAUCUUGAAAUACACACAGAGCAUUUUGGAGAAAAUAAAGAAGUGUGGAAUAGAAAUAGCAUGACGGAAAUCCAUCAUGAUGCAAAUCCGAUGUUUCUCAUUAAUGGCUAGUGAAUGAACGUGCAAUAACCUUUCAUUAACUUUUUUAAUACACAAUACUUUUGCCAGAGUUCACGAAGGAGAGUUCACAUACUAGUUAAUGAGACCAGGAAUCAUAGAUUUAUCAGACAGAAUCACAGAUCGAUGUGGCCAGUACAUCAAUUCUAGGAAUGCCCAUCUAAAAGAUACAUAAUUAAUGAUCUAUAUCCCUUCUCUAUUUUUAAAAGAUAUUAUAAGACCAUCCUAAAGAAAACCAAUUUUAUUCAGCAAUAACACGAACAGAAUGGAAUGCAAUAUAACUAAAAUAAAAUAUUAACAAUACA